AUGGCCGGUCAUCCCCCCACCCGCGGCAUCGCCGGUCGGCCCCCCACCCGCGGCAUCGCCGGUCGGCCCCCCACCCGCGGCAUCGCCCCCACCCGCGGCAUCGCCGGUCGGCCCCCCACCCGCGGCAUCGCCCCCACCCGCGGCAUCGCCCCCACCCGCAGCAUGGCCGGUCAUCCCCCCACCCGCGGCAUCGGCCCCCCACCCGCAGCAUGGCCGGUCAUCCCCCCACCCGCGGCAUCGCCGGCAGACGCCAGGAUUGCCUCCCGCAGGGACCUGCCCAGUGCUGGCUGGGUGCGCCGAGGAGCCAGGAGGCACCGGGCAGUGCUGCUGGUGCGGCAGGCUGGGGGCUGCGCCGGCAGGAUGGUGUGUGCUCGGGGAGCCCUAGGUCCCUGCCUGUUCUGGGCUGCAACGUGGGGUGCUGCAUUGCUGCUGGCGGCCUCGGUGAACGCACAGCGUGGUCGCAAGAAGGUGGUGCACGUGCUUGAGGGUGAGUCCGGCUCCGUGGUGGUGCAGACGGCGCCCGGGCAGGUGGUCAGCCAUCGCGGUGGCACCAUCGUCUUGCCAUGCCGCUACCACUACGAGGCAGCCGGCCACGGCCACGACGGCGUCCGCCUCAAGUGGACCAAGGUGGUGGACCCGCUGGCCUUCGCCGAUGUCUUUGUGGCCCUGGGCCCCCAGCACCGGGCCUUCGGUACCUACCGGGGCCGAGCAGAAUUGCAGGACGACGGGCCCGGAGACGCCUCGCUCGUCCUCCGUAAUGUCACCCUGCAGGAUUACGGGCGCUAUGAGUGCGAGGUGACCAACGAGCUGGAGGAUGACGCCGGCAUGGUCAAGCUGGACUUGGAAGGCGUGGUCUUCCCCUACCACCCCCGCGGAGGCCGCUACAAGCUGACCUUCCUGGAGGCGCAGCGGGCCUGCGCAGAGCAGGACGGCAUCCUGGCGUCCGCGGAGCAGCUGCACGCGGCCUGGCGCGAUGGGCUGGACUGGUGCAACGCGGGCUGGCUGCGCGACGGCUCGGUGCAGUACCCGGUGAGCCAGCCCCGGGAGGCCUGCGGGGGCAGCUCGGCCAACGGUGGUGGCGUCCAGGGCGGCGGGGUGCGCAACUACGGCUACCGCCACAACGCCGGGGAACGCUACGACGCCUUCUGCUUCACGUCCAACCUGCCGGGGCGCGUGUUCUUUCUGAAGCCGCUGCGGCCCGUGCCCUUCGCGGGGGCGGCGCGUGCGUGCGCGGCGCGCGGUGCAGCCGUGGCCAAGGUCGGGCAGCUGUUCGCCGCGUGGAAGCUGCAGCUGCUGGACCGCUGCACGGCCGGCUGGCUGGCCGACGGCAGCGCCCGCUACCCCAUCGUGAACCCGCGCGCGCGCUGCGGGGGCCCGAAGCCCGGUGUGCGCAGCCUCGGCUUCCCCGACGCCCAGCGACGCCUCUUCGGCGUCUACUGCUACCGUGCGCCCGGGGCGCCCGACCCUGCACCCGGCGGCUGGGGCUGGGGCUGGGCUGGCGGCGGGGGCUGGGCUGGGGGAGCGCGCGAUCCCGCUGCGUGGACCCCACUGCGGGUCUAG